AGGUUGUGGCUUGUGGCGUUUCAACAUGGCAAGCAAAACUGAAGAAGAACAAGAAAAAAGAGCGCCUGAAGAAGAGGCAGCCACAGUGCUGCAGACGGGUUGACAUUGAAGAGAGGGGAGGCUAUAUAGUGGCGGCUGCGUCCUUACCGGCUUAGUCAGAUAUCAGAGCUCUGCUAAACAACACUAACCUACGUUCGUUUCCUAUUGAGGAUUAUUAUUUGUUUACAAAUUGUUAGCGAAAAUGUGCGCUCGCGAAGUUUUCGUUUUGAGUGUGCUGCUGAUCGGCUUUGCUUCUCCCUCGGCCAUACCCAUGUGGGAGUUCCUCAGUCGUGGCGAGAAGAUGAGUCACCUGUUCAACAUGUUCGUGAAACAAGUGGCAAGCCACUGCGACACUUCGACAAUGCCCGAUUGCCAGAAGGUUCUGUUGGUUUAUGGAUUGACAAACUUGGCUAAGAUGGAAGAUGACAGCCUUGAUCAAAUGGACCCGUACCAGAGGGGGGCCACAGAUAUAAUUUGGGAGUCUAUGAUGAAGGGAGGCUACAAGUCAUCUGGACAGGAGGAGAAUGUUAAAGAUGAAUACGAUCCAUUGGAGCCACACACGAACGGCAACCAGCUGGGUUCGCAGGAGGAGGCGUCGAGCAACGUGGAGGAGUACGCGGCGCCUAACCGACACGUCAUGGGUCCGAUGGUCGUCCGAGUGCUGCCCGACGGUCGUCCGGUGCCCGGCGACGCCCAGCGUCCGUUGCCGGCCGACGAGGACGCCGAGGAGUUCCUUGCCAUGCGCGCCAAACCCAUUCCUUCCAUCAGCGACAUCAGCAAUGCCCGACACCAGAGGAUACAGCCCGCCAAAAAACUAUAACCGCUCGGCCCACCAGUAAAUUCUCCACCAUGCAAAAGACAACCCUAUCCCAACUUCCCUGUCUUCACUGAGCUAAAUAAAUACUGGUAGUAGAUUUUUCCUCUACUGGCAUUUCUUUUUUGGGCGUGUGCAGUGUGCACACAGAGAGCAGCUAACGGUUAACGGUCAGAGAAAGAUCUUAAAUCUAUAUUCUGCUAAGACCGCUGAAAUUCAGAAUUCCUGACCGCUCUGUACGUGUACAAACCCUUGAUACUGAAAUUUUUCACCUAUUUUUUGUACAUGAAUUUUUUGUCCUUACUGCGCCAACGUAAUUAAAUAUGAGACAGCAACCUCCCAAACCUGCUCACAGACAGGGAAAGUGCAGAUGGUAAAUUCAGGUAGCCAGUGUUACGUCACUUUCAAGUUUUCACCAAUUUCCAUUGGACAGAUGUUCCAUCCGGUAAAUGAAAAUUUGUGGAAAGUAAGGAAUGGCCGUCAAUAACUUUCCAUCUCUAAUUUUCCCCUCUACAAACAGGGUUCCAACUAUUUUUUCAACAGUUUUUUAUGUUCCCAUAUUAUUAUGUCCCCACCUUACUAUAAACCUGCAUUUAAGCUUGUUUAGCAUGUCUUCACUUAUUGCCUUUAGGUAGAAUUAGAAGGAACUGCUACCUCCAGUUAGUUAUUCAGCUCAGUGACUAUGAAUCCCCUCACUUAAUGAAUGAAAAAGACAACUUUAGCCCCUCUCCCCGACCCAUAAUUCCUCAUCCCUUAAUUUAUAUUAAAUUAUUUGUGCUGAGUGUGAAUGGGAGCAAGUUUGUGUUGAUGAGUUGUGUUGAAGGCCGCUGUGUUUUCUGGGCCCAACUAAAUGUUACCUUUUAUUUUUUUUCAUUUUUGUGAAGCAAAUAUCUUUUAGAUUUUAAUAAUAAAAAUAAUUGUUAAAAUUGAUCGGUACAAUCAAUUUAAAAAUGUAAACAAUUGAUGUUGAGAAAGAUGUAAUUAAUUUCUCAAUUCUAGCUGGUUGUGAUAAAAUUAAAAAUUAUCAAGAUCAAAUGAGCAAUAUUAAUAAAUUCGAAAGAACUCAAUACUUGAAUUACUAGUACCUUGAAUACAUUCUAGUACAAUGUAUUCUAGAUACAUUGCUUAAAUCCAUAAAAUCAAUUAUUAUCAUACAGCAUUCAACUAUCAUGCAUCCACGGCCCUUGAAAUACAGCGGUUAUCUAGCUGUUUAGGAUAAUUAGUAUUAUGCAUGGCCACAUACAUUGUUACAAUUGAUGGAUGAUAUUAUUAAAAAAUAUAAUUAGUGAGAUUUUGAUUUUAAGGCCAUAAUAAGCCUAAUUUUUCACAUCUGACUUGUAAUUUUUCUGUUAUGUCACUUUUAAUUCGACGUAAUUGUUUCGCGUGAAACAUUAUUUUCCAGUUAACUAAAUUAUUAAUAAUCUUGAGUAGUUUUGUUUUCUAGAUGAUUUUGAGGUGCUUCACAUUAUUUUAGGCGCUCUCUUGUCAAAUUAACCUUCCUCUAAAUCUUCGGGAAUUAUAUUUAUGUAUUUAUUCACAGCCAAAAUACUCUGAAAGCUUUUGAGCUGAAAAUAAAUUGUUAAUUAAAAAGUAAUAUUUGAGGAAGUAUGUGGUUAAAAAGCUUUUCACAAUGAAAUCUAGUAUUCAAAGGAUGGCUGGAUUAAUACUUUACUUUUUAAUUUAUUGAAGUGAUAUCUUAUCAAUACAGAUAUGCAUGAGUGCCUUGUGAUAACUGUAUGUAUAGAAUUAGUGUUUUGUGUUGAAAGUGUAUAUUAUUCAUUUAAGAUUUACCAAUAUUGGAUUUUGUACUGGAGUUAACAAUAGAUUCAAUUUUAGAGUAGACUACGGUAUGGUAGGCCUACAGUAUUAAUAAUUUUGGUUUUGGAUUGGAUUACAAGAGUAUUCUUGUAAUCAAGUUCAUCGAAUACCGUACCGUGAUUGGAAAAAUUACGAAGAAAUAUAAUUAUUGUGUUUCUUGACUUCAUGUAUCUUUAGGGAUAAAUUAUUCAUGUCAUGUGUAGCAGCCUUGUGCUUAUUGGUAAUGGAUUAUAUCAAUUUUAUAGGAUGAUGAAAUUUGGUGACUCAACUGAAUUAUAGGUGAAAAUAGUUGUUUUCAUGGAAUGUAUGCUACCCAAGCAGGGUAAAUUCAGGGACACCUGUGAACAAACUAAGUACAAAAUUAAGUUCUUAGAGUAGCUUACAUGUUGAAUAUAAUUCAUGCAUAACUUAUUUUAUGAUCAUUGAUCCUUAUUGUAUGAUCAUGUCUGUAUCAUCAAUAUAAUCUAUUCAAAGAACAUUGCAAAGUGCAAAUGCAAAUUCACAACAGCCAAUUGGUUCAUUAAUUUCUAUUUAAUACACAAUAAUUGUGCAAAAUUAUUCAAAUAAUAAUUAUUAUUAAAAUAAUUAUUAUUAUUUAAUUAUUGUUUGAAUUAUUCAAACCCGUCAUCCAAUUAUGAGUUGUAAUAAAGUCAAGAAAAUCAAGAGAAUUCAAAUCAACUCUAUCCAGGAUUGAAAAUUCAAUUUAGGAUAAGAGCAAUACAUCAAUAAUGCUAAUGUAAAUAAUGAGGUGGCUACUGGUAAAAUAAUCCAAAGCAAAUUUGGUUUAGUCUUUUUAUGAAGAAUGGCAUUAACCAGUGAUCACAAAUUUGUAGAUAAAGAUAUUAUAAUCUGUAUAGAAUAUUAUUUAUUAUUUUGUUGAUUAUUGUACUAUUUGCUCCAUUUAGUGUUAAUGCAUUUAUUAUUUUAUAUUCAAAAAUAAAACAAAUUCAAAGGAA